GGCAUCAUCAGUAUCAGCUUCUCUGAUUGGUCCGUGAAACAAAACGGACCAAUCAGCAGCGAGCUUGUUAAACUUGGAAACUGGUGUUUGGGUUUUUCGGUUUGAAAAAGAUGUCGCUCAAUCGGGGCAUCGGCAGUGUGGAGUACCUGAAGAAAAGGAUACCGACAAACGAAAAGUACCAACAUGUCAGAACCAGGCUGGACACAGGAUGCAGCCUCACAAAGUAUAUGGAAAGACUGGAGGAGAUUAAAAAAAAUUACAGGUAUCGAAAAGAUGAAUUGUUCAAGCGGUUAAAGGUGACAACGUUUGCACAAUUGAUACUUCAGGUAGCCUCCGUAUCAGACCUGAAUGAAAUGGGGAUUGACGGCGAGUCACACAUCCCAGAAGAUGGUCUGUCAGUGGUGUCUGAUGCAGACCUGGAGUGUCUGUCUGAUCACACCAACGGCUCCCCACAGGCAUCACCGCUUUCAGAUCGCCAGGAUACAGGAGACACCGGGGAAAUCUGCUACUCUGCCAGGUCAACACUGCUGAGUGUUAUUAGUGGUGUUGGAGAGCUGAACCUGGACAGGAACCAUCGGAAGAUGGAGAACGAGUCGGUGUUCAGCCCCGAGCUACCUGACAUGCCCUACCCCGGCUGCCCCUACCUGCUGCUGGACGUACGGGACCGGGACGAAUACGACCGCUGCCACAUCAUCAGCGCACACAGUUUCCCCAUUGCCAUGCUAUCUAGAGCAAUGAAUCCCUACACCAGAGAUGUGCUGGAAUAUAAAAAUGCAGCAGGAAAGAUCAUCAUCAUGUACGAUGAGGAUGAGAGAAUAGCCAGCCAGGCAGCCACCAUCAUGUGUGAACGAGGAAUUGAGAAUCUGUUUCUGCUGUCUGGAGGUCUCAAGGUAAUCGCUCAGAAAUUUCCAGAAGGGUUGACGACGGGCUCCAUCCCGACCUCAUGCCUGUCCUCUCCCACAUCAGCGAGGGGGAAGAAGAGCUCCGUGCCGCCGCCACUGCAGCAGCUGUCGGCAGCAGAGAAGAGGUGGCGGUUUACAUCAGACGAGCAGACCAAGAUCCAGGAGCAGCUGGAGGAGAUGCUCAUCCCCAGUAACUCCAACAGCCGCAUGUCCAGCCGCAUGUCAACCAGCAGCGCCCAGUCUAAAGCGUCCAGCGCUCGGAGUCGACAGAGUUCCUCUACAGCUGGGAGGGACAGCGCCAGAGUUCAGAGCAGUAGACCCUGGAAAUAACACCACCACCACCCCCUUCAGCCACACAGAUAUACACAAACAAACAUACCUCCAACACAAAGUCCAUUUGUUUCAGGUUCAGAUUUCCUUGCUCCAUAACUGGUCCCAGUCAGCAAAAUAAUCUUCCAUGACACUGCUGUACAGAGGUGGACAGGAAACGCCACAACUACUACGUUACAGCAGCUUGUACAUGUAUGACGCCCCUCUACGCCCCUCUACCACACAGCUGCUGAAUAUGGAUUUUGAAAAUUACACACACCUUGGGAAAGUAAUUAACACUACACAACAACAAUGACCAACAUAUUUUAAACUCUAUUUAAGACUUAAAGGUAUAAUAUGCAACAAUGUCUUAAAAAGCAAUGUAUAGACUGAUACUAAAAUAAUCCGUCUCAAUCAUCACUCAUACCGCACUAGAAGUGUGUGGCGGUGUCUGUUUCUGCAGAGACGCUGCAGCCUGUAUUUUCUCUUUUCUUAUUAUUUUGAUUUACUCAGGACGCUGUUGGAUGUCUGCAAGCAGCCUUUGGGGCCUCACAUGGGGGUGUAACCUCCAAUCAAUAAUACCCUAGACGCCUUGUCACGCCCCUUGGCUUCUGAUACCAAGGCACAAGCAUUAGGCUAUACAUUGAUGGGCACAAGCCCCCCUGUAGAUGCAUUGUGGCCGUAUUUGACAGAUCAGAACAGGUUUUUUACAUCGCUGUGAGUUCCCCUGUUCCUCUGUCUCUUCUCUGCUGUGCGCAGUGGCUGCUGUGUGCUACUAUCGGUGUGUCAGUUUGACCGAGGCACACACACCAGGCAGAGAGGACAGCCUGCCAUUCGGCUGUAUUCAUUAAAAAUCCGGCAACUUGACACCUUCCCGUCAGGAUUGUAUGGAGGUGUGCGGAGUUAGUUGUGUGUUCAUUUGUGUUUUAGAACGUAACCGCUGUGAAACAAUAAAAAAAUAAUGUUUUAUUUUUCUGAUUCGCUGCUUUGUUCUCACUAGCGGCACUCUCUCUCCGUUCUCUCUAUAGCUCGCUCGACCAUCGCUGCCCUCUCUCCCUCUCACUAGUUUCCCUCUCGCUAGUUGAGCUGAGGAGGAGGGGCCAACUUUGAAUGUGGUGUGUUUACAAACACAACUGUUACAUAUUAUACCUUUAGUUAAGACUGGACAACAGUUUGACAUUAAAAACACAUUAAAAAUCUGUAGGAACAGAACAUUUCAUAUUCAGACUCCUCAGUAAGAAGUAUAAUACUAAACUCUUCAUCUUCACCUCUGGAGAUUUAUGUCAGACUGAAGUAUUUCCAAUUGAUGUUUUUUUUUAUUUUUCUUAUAAUAUUUAAUAAAUGCUGUGUGUUUGAAUGUUUGCACAGUGCCUCAUCUGUGAACCUGAAAACUGAUGGAUCUUUUUGCACUCAAAUUCAUUUUUUCAUUUAACACGUCCAUUUUUUUGUUGUUCUGUAGAACCUGAACUGAAACUCUUCAUCACUUCAUUCUGCGGAUAAUCUGUUUUCUUUUCCUUCUUUUUUUUUUUUAAAUAUAAUGUCCAAAAAGGUCCCGCUUAGAUCCAUCAGUAUGACAGCCACCAAAUAAAUGGCAUUCCUAAAAGACUUUUUGGUUGGAGACAGAGUAAUUGAAUGUUGAUAUGAUAUGAAGGAUAUGCUGGGAAUCUACGUAUGUAUUACAUGAGAUGUCAUUUCUAUAAAUAACGUGACAGCACUUGAUCCAUUUUGUAAAACUAAGAAAAGCUGUGCUGUAUUUUUGUAAUUUCUUCCACAUUGUCAUGAUGUCUUAUUGUGAUUCCUAACCUGACGGCCUUUAUGUACCUUCUGCUUAUGCUGUUACAUGACUGUGGUUUUCUUUAUGUGUGCGUGUGAUCACACUAACUGAUUAACUGUGGCCUUCAUGCAGUCUUCAUUAUCAUUAUCGCAGUGUCACUGAAAGAAGGAAAUGGGCAUUUUGUCUUGGUUGUAAAAAAAGUACAAGCAGCACUCCCAUACUCACAGAUGCAUUUGAAAUACAGUAUUGUUAUUUUGUGGCCUUUUGUUUUGUUGGCAUGGUUGUGACUUGUUGCAUUGGUCCAUUGUUCCUGGAUACACUCACACAGUCUCCUAUUAAGUGCAUUUAAUGACAGUAUGGACUACUCCACAGCGCUUUUUUUGUAAUUUCAGUCAGUCUUAACUCACAUUAAACGAUCUGAUCACAUGAUUGUGUUUGUAAAUGAAUGUCAAAUAAAGUGUAUGAUUGUU